UCUCAAGGCUCGGAUUCUCGAACCUCUUCUUGAACUACUAAAAUUCUCCUUGUAUACGCUCGCAAAUUCCAUGCACACCGUUGGACGAUGACUGUUAAGCAUAUCGUAUUGUUUCAAUUUAAAGCCGAUGCUCGGCCAGAAGCUAUACAGGAAGUAUGCUCCAAUAUGGUCGCUUUAAAGGACAAUUGUCUGCAUCCGGCGUCCCAAAUGCCGUACAUCAAAUCGAUGUCCGGAGGCAAGGAUAACUCACCCGAAAACCUUCAGAACGGCAUCCAAUAUGCUUUUGUCGCUGAAUUCGAAAGCCUGGAGGACAGAGACUACUAUGUGGCAAAGGACCCGACGCACCAAUCUUUCGUGAAAAACGCUGGGCAGAUUAUCGAAAAAGCAAUUGUCGUGGACUACACCAUCGGUGCUUUCUAAAGUGGGAUCCUGGGCGUUGCGCACCACCCACUGGAAUACUAAACUAAAUUGUAUGCUUGUAGUCUACCAUAGCAUCCAGCUCACGAGGUUCAUAUAAGCCUGGUCGCUGUCAUCGAAGGUUUGGCCAUGUUUUAGUGCUUGAUAUGCUGUUUUGGCUUGACGCUUCAGAUCCUCGCACAAGUCUUGCCUGGUACCAAUUUUCCCUUCCUCUUUUGCGAGAAACCAGA